GUGGCACUAAAGUGGUCCGUUUGGCUCGUUACGUCAGAAAGGCCCUGAAAUGACCGAGCUCGCUAAGCUAAUGGGCUAGCUGUUGACAGCUAACAGGCUCUGUGCUACAGCGACUGCUAUCGAUCCAUUUCUACCGCUUGUCCCUAACAGGGUCGCGGGCGGGGGCCGCAGCGUAGCCAGGGGGUGUUCUCCCGAGCAUAUUUUCACAUCAUAUUCGUCUGCCGAAAGAAGAAAAUCCCAAGCUCAUGUCUGGAAGUCCACGCAAGCUAACGGAAGAAUCAUCUUGCUUUCAGCGUCUGUACGAUGUGGCUCAAGUUGUUCUUUUUGCUCCUUUAUUUGGUCUUGUUGUUUAUGCUAGCGCGGAUAUUCGAAGCUGUGGUUUGGUAUGAGACCGGCGUGUUCGCCACGCAGUUGGUGGAUCCAGUGUCUCUCAGCUACAAGAAGCUCAAAACCAUCUUGGAGUGUCGAGGGCUGUCCUACACGGGACUGGCUGAGAAGAAAGAUGUAAGCCAGCUGGUGGAGAAGUCAGGAGAGCUGACACAUGGGGAGCUGUACUCUGCCAUCAAGAAAGAAAAGGAGCAAACAGAGGCAGGAGACAUCAGCAGCACACAUUUCAGUGGCGAGAUGCACUUUUAUGAACUAGUGGAGGACACUAAAGAUGGGAUCUGGUUGGUUCAGGUCAUUGCUCAGGACCGAGAAGCCCUGCUUGGUAAGUCCAGCUGGGGAAAGAUGGUCCAGAAGGUGUCUCAGUUUGGAAUCAGAACUGGAACAUUUAACUGCUCUCAUGACCACAGGUCGUGUAUCAGACGUGGCUGGCAACGUUCUACUCUCAUCAUGUCGGUUCCGCAGACGUCUGCUUCCAAGGGCAAAGUCAUGCUGAAAGAAUACAAUGGACGUCGCAUUGAAACCGAACAUAUCUUCCGCUGGAUGACUUCACAUAUGUCUCACCGCAUUAAGACACUGCGUGAUACUGACAAACUACUGGAGGAAUGGCGCCCCGACCCACUCCACCCAUUGAAGAUGUUUCUUUUCGCCCCCUUACCCCAGCCGCCGGUCUUCUUCUCGUCGCUUUCUGUUAAGUUUACCGGCAGGAUCGAGUUCAUCUUUGUGGACGUAAGUCGCUGGGACAACCAGAGCAGCCUAUUAGAGGUUGGUGUGACGCAGAGUGUGGCCUACAUCCUGAAAAUGCCAGAGGGAAUCUACCAUUACGGCAAUAGUAGUGGUGAGUUCUUGUCAGUAGAAGCCAUGGACACCUUCCUGCGUUCAGUCCAGCCUGAGGUCAAUGACCUUUUUGUUCUGAGUCUUGUCGUGAUCAACUUGCUAGCAUGGAUGGACCUCUUCAUAACACAGGGAGCAACAGUGAAACGGUUUGUUGUCCUCAUCCGAACACUUGGAACCUACAACUCCAUUUUGUUGUUGUCCUGGCUUCCAAUUAUGGCUCUGGUCCAGCUGUCAUACCUGCAAAGUCUGUACGGUUACAGUCUGAAGCUGCUUCGUUAUGCUGACACCACCACCUUAGCCAGCUUACUGAGAACUGACUGGACAUUCUAUUCGUCCCACCCAGCUCUCUUCUUGUCUACCUACCUGGCUCACGGCCUGUUGGUCGAUUAUUUUGAAAAAAAACGUCGCUGCGGCAACAGAAGCCAAGAGGACAGCAGCACGAACUUGGAGUGGCUGGCCAGUUUGUGGGAAUGGUACACAUCUUAUCUGCUCCACCCGAUCGCAUCACUGCAACAGGCACCAUCAGACUGGGAGGACGACCCCAACUUCCUUUUAGAGCGUCUGGCUUUCCCCGAUCUCUGGCUCCGCCCACUAGUGAGCAUGGACUACAUUAAAGCGUUGCCCACCUGGAAGUUUGGCUGCGGCGCCGCUGACCCACCAGACGGCGAGCCCAACGACAACGCUGCGCAAAGCAGCGAACAUCAGGACAGCGACGUGACGUCCGAGUGUGAUUGUGGAAACACAGACGAUGGCGUGUUGGACAAGCGCAGUGACUGGUCCGGUUGGCCCUGCAACAUGCUGCAGUGCUCCGAGUGUGUGGUGUGUUUGGAGACCUUUGUGAGGGAGGAGCUUCUGAUGGGUCUGCCCUGCGGUCACGCCUUCCAUCAGCACUGCAUCGUGGUGUGGCUGGCUGCGGGACGACACUGUUGUCCUGUGUGUCGCUGGCCCAGCUGCAAGAAGAAGGAACAGCCACUUGUGCACAGCAGUCCAAGGGAAGAACCUUAAUCAACAGCAGCCUUGCAAAUGUCUUCUCUUUUAGGUUUAAUAGUACUGGAAGUUAAGUGUGCAUAGUAGUAAAGAACGACAAAGCUAACCUUCUCUCAUCCGUGUGAUCCAUGUCUGUGCUAAGAGGCACAAUUUUGUCCGCUAAUAAAAAUGUACCAGCCA